AGCCUUUGGACACUGGCAGACGGAACGCAUUGGCAUGUUUGCUCCAUUCCACUACAAAAGGUGGCACGGAUACCAACAUCACUAGACGCGGUACGAAGACGAGCCCCCUCCACCUAGCUGUCCGAAGAAGAGAUGCUAUCGCUGUCGGCUUAUUACUACACAAAGGAGCAGACAUCAACGCUAAAGAUGAAUCCGAGAUGACACCUCUCCUACAGGCCGCCAACCAAUGGCGCGGAGAGCUGACCAAAGCUCAAGAGGAACUUCUAGCAACCUUGCUAAACCUGGAUAAAGAUUUCUCUUUCAAGAUAGACAUUGACGAGGUAGGAGGGUCAGCUGGUCGCACCGCUCUGCUGCAAGCCGUCCACGUCGGCGCGUCUUCCGCAGUCAUAACCCUCCUGGAAUGCGGUGCCGACCCCACCGUGACCGACAAGAACGGUUUCAAUGCGCUCGCAACGGCAGUCAAGGCCGCCCCAACCACCGAAGUAGGUGCCCAUAACGAGAUCAUGGCCCAUCUGGUCCGCCGCUUUGAUAAGGACUGGACGAUUGAGCAGGACUGCAACAUCAUACAGACUGCAUGCAACUAUAAUGAUGUUGGCCUGAUGAAAGAUUUGCUCGACCAUGGUCUUGACGUUCACGCUGUGCUGGCGGAGAAAUCGCUCGUACACCACGCGGUCUCACAUGGAAACAUGGAUAUGGUAGGUCUCCUCGUAGACCGCGGCGCGAGUGUCAGGGAUAAUGACGACAAGAACCAAAAUGCUAAGGUUUAUGCGGAGCAACUUGGGCACGUUGAGAUUGCUGACUAUCUACGUAAAGAGUGGGAUAUCCUCCAAUGAGACCGCCUCUAUGAUGAGGUUUGAAGACUAUAUAGAUCCAUGUUUUAUGCAAUUUCUUAGAAAUAUAUGGAGGGAAGUCAGACAUCGGUAGAGGAGUGUACACAGAUACACACUCCUUCCCAUUUCACAAAACAUAUUGAGGCACGUCAGACAGUGAUAGCCC